CUCCGACAUUCCAGAAGCAUGGCGUUUUUCCAGCGGCUAUUCGGAGGGGGAAACUCUGGAAGCUCUCACAAAGUCUCUGCUCAAGAUCGAGCGAUACUGGAUCUCAAAAACCAACGAGACAAACUGCAUCAAUAUCAAAAGCGAAUCACCGUAAUCACUACUCGAGAGCAUGAAAUUGCCCGGGAGUGUCUGCGCAAUGGUGACAAACAGAAGGCUUUGCUCGCCUUGCGGAAGAAGAAGUACCAGGAGUCGCUUUUGAGCAAAACAGACCAGCAACUUGCGCAGCUGGAGACCUUAACCAGCGACGUCGAGUUUGCCUUGGUGCAGAAAGAUGUUCUGUACGGUCUGCAACAAGGUACUGCUGUGCUCAAAGCCAUCCAUCGGGAGAUGGGUGGCCUCGACAAGGUGGAGAUGAUUAUGGGGGAAAGCGAAGAGGCGCAUGCUUAUCAAAAGGAAAUCGACGAGCUUCUUGGAGGCAAGAUGUCAGAUCAAGACGAAGACGAGGUGGAGGAUGAGCUCGAGGCGAUGGAGCGAGAGGUCAACGCCGUGCCAGCUCUGCCUGACGCACCCAAUGGCAUUCGUGAAGAGCUACCCGACGUGCCUCAAGAAACGCCUGCCGAGCGAGCAAAGCGAAGACGAGACGAGAGGGCUUCGAAGCAGACGGCUUCCGAACCUCUUGCCGCCUGAGCUGGUUGUUGAUGCUUCUACCGUCCCGUGCAUUUCAAACCUUUUUGUGCAGUGAGCGAAGGCGUUGGAAAUACCCUUGGAGGACUUGUUCUUCUAAACACACCGCAAAGCAGCGUUCAAUACAGCUUUAUACCAUGUAUCUCGAGUAUUUAUGGCGUCCAGCUCCACAACACGUGCCGUGGUGUGAGCUUCGCG